AUGUCCAGCGCGGAUAGGUUGCAGCUUUCUACUCAAGUGUGUCUAAAUGGUGUUUGCAGUCAUUGCAAAUGGUUCGAAGCGGGUGAGAAAUUUCCUUCUGUCAUUUCUUCUUUCUUUAUUUUGUUCAUUGAUUCUUUCUUUCUUUCUUCGCUUUUUCUUUUUCGCUUUUCAUUUCUCUAUUUCAUUCUUUUUUCUUUUCCUUCUUUUUCCUUUUUUCUUUUCCUUUUUUUCUUUUCCUCCUUUUUACCUUCUUUUUCUUUUCCUUCUUUUUUCCUUUUUUCUUUUCCUUCUUUUUUCUUUUUUCUUUUCCUUCUUUUUCCUUUUCCUCCUUUUUACCUUCUUUUUCUUUUCCUUCUUUUUUCCUUUUUUCUUUUCCUUCUUUUUUCCUUUUUUCUUUUCCUUCUUUUUUCUUUUUUCUUUUCCUUCUUUUUCCUUUUCCUCCUUUUUACCUUCUUUUUCUUUUCCUUUUUUUCUUUUCCUCCUUUUUACCUUCUUUUUUCUUUUUUCUUUUCCUUUUCUGUACAUAUCUAUCUAUCACAAUCUGUUCAUAUCUAUCUAUCUAUCUAUCUAUCUAUCUAUCUAUCACAAUCUGUUCAUAUCUAUCUAUGUCCAAAUAUCUUCACCAUGACGAUGAUUAUAUUCUGUACUGGACGUCUGAUUUCUCAUGAAGUCAAACCAGAAGCAUGA